AUGGACGACUUAUCGAACCCCUACCAGUCCGCCGGAAAAGGCGAUGACGAGAUCACCGGCAGCAGCAGCAAGAGCGACGUCGGCCUCUGCGACAGGGCGUCUGCCAUCUUGCCGACUAACAAAGACGUUGCUUUGCGCCAGUUGAGUCAGAUGAUGAACGCGAUAAUGUCAGCCCAGACGCAGGAGGAAAAGCAGAGUGCCAAGACAAAGCUCGCGAACUGGGUGAGGCGUACUGGAGAGGAUAACCCUCUCUUUGAAAGCAAUCGGCACAUUUGCAAGCUCCUGCUUGCCAAGGAGGUCAUCUCCAUCGAGCAUGCAGAGUUUGCGCUGCAUGAAAUGAAGACCCUCUGGCCCGAGGCCUUCAAUGAUCCCAACGCGACAAUUUUCACCGCGGAGUUCAUCCAACAGUUAUCGACACUGUUAGUCAGCUCUCGAGAUGAGAUGUCAAUCCACUACGGCCAGCUUGGACAGGUUCUCUGUCUUCUCACGGUGAUCUUACCAGAAGACGACAAACCGACGGGCCAAAAGCUCCGACUGGUGAUGAACACUCUGCGCCGACAGGGCGCAUCUGCAGGGUAUCCGACUACCAGCCAUACCCAGUCAAACUUGAAAUCCCUCACUUCGACUCAACUGGUGCAGCACAUCAAUCUUAAGAUCGACAUAAUGGUCGAUACGUUCAAGAGGGUGAUGGCCCGUCUCACUUCCCGAGCAGCAGCUGCCAAUAACGGCACAACAGCCAUGCCGCCCGCGCCAGACUUCAACGUCCUCGCAAAGUUGGCAGACACGAUUGGUUACGAUGAAGCUGCACGUAUUGCAGAGGAAGCCUACUCCCUGUUAGUAGCCUUGAUGGGCGACGUUUACAGUGCUGUCUUCGAAGAUCCUCUCAAAGAGAUCAAGAUCUUCGGGGAAACGUUUCUCAACCAACAUGCCGACGACGACAAAGCAGACGGUCGAGAGAAUGACAAAACGAACGACAGAACGAACAGUGCUUUAUUCAUCCACGACGAUAUCUACAGUCCCUAG